UGGAGGUUUUCAUACCCACAGCUUCACCCCCCCUCCACAUCUCAGGUGUAGCCAGUUGCUCUAAUGACCAGCUGCUGUGGUCAUCAAAGCAUUUGCCUAUUUUCUGGAAGAGGGAAAGCAGGCACAGCAUGGGCAAUGAGGAGGUGUGUCACAUUGUACAUCAAAUUACCACUCACUCGGAGGUCUUCUGUGGCCUCCAACAGGAAAGAACCGGCACCAUCUAACAUAUCUCUGUAAACUCAGUGUAGUGGAAAUAUAGUGACUAGGUGCCACUGGUUACAUAUUUAUCUAUGUGACGUUACAAAGAAAGCAUUGUAGUUUGGUGGGAUCAUGAUGCCAUUGGCUGUGCGCUGUCCACCCAUCAUUGUGACUUAUUAGAAAAAGGCAAUCUGCUGCUGAGUGUCAAAACAGCAAAGGGAGAAGAAUAGAGUGCCCUCUGUACUUGGCUCAACAUGUACAAAGUAGUAUCCUGUCUAAGUGUCCGCUGUGCAGGUCUCACAGGACGGGCCUGCUGUUCACCUGGUUUGGCCAAAUUUCACGUGGGAAGUGGUGCAGUAUGUCAGAAACCAGCCUUCAAAUACCGUCCCGCAGACCUCCCCGAGAUGCCCCCAUGCAAUUUCAAACCAGAGGAAUACAAGGGUAUGUCCAAAGAGCGGAUGAUGGAGAUCCGCAGGCAGAACUGCAACCCCAUGACCAUGAAGGUUACCUAUUAUAAGAAACCAGUGUUCAUUCACCAGGGAUACAUGCAGUGGCUAUGGGAUGUGGAUGGGAGGCGAUAUCUGGAUUUGUUUGCUGGUGUGGCAACUGUCAGUGUGGGCCACUGCCACCCGAGGCUGACAGCAACCUUAGAGCAGCAGUUGAAGAGACUGUGGCACACUACUAACAUCUACGUCCAUCCUCCUCUCCAUGAGUAUUGUGAGAAACUAGCCUCCUACUUACCGGAUCCUCUUAAGGUGAUAUAUCUGACCAACAGCGGCUCAGAAGCCAAUGACCUGGCUAUGCUGAUGGCUCGACUCCACACAGGCAACUUUGAUAUCAUCACUUUCAGAGGAUCAUACCACGGUGGCAGCCAACAGACUAUGGGUCUUACCUCCAACUCAUCAUAUAAAUAUCCCAUCGCCACCAGUUCAGGCUGCACACAUACCAUGUGUCCUGAUGUGUACAGAGGUCCCUGGGGAGGAAGCCACUGCAGGGACUCUCCUGUGCAGUCCACCAGAAAGUGUGGCUGUUCCCAAGGUCACUGCAUGGCAAGUGAACAAUACAUUGGACAGCUCAAAGAGACAUUUGCCACUAGUGUCCCGAGUCGAAUUGCUGCAUUCUUUGCAGAGCCUAUUCAGGGAAUGGGAGGAGCUGUGCAGUACCCUAAGAACUACCUCAAGGAGGCCUAUAAACUUGUGAGAGAGAGAGGAGGGAUCUGCAUUGCAGAUGAGGUGCAGACUGGAUUUGGGCGAACAGGAACCCACUUCUGGGGUUUCCAAGGGUAUGGCGUCAUGCCUGAUAUGGUUACAAUGGCAAAAGGCAUUGGUAAUGGAUUCCCAAUAGGAGCUGUUGUUACAACACCAGAAAUUGCCGCUUCCUUUGCAAAAGCCUCCCACUUCAACACUUUUGGAGGAAGUCCUGUGGCUUGUGCCGUUGCUUCAUCAGUGCUCGAUGUUAUCAGAGAGGACGGCACGCAGCAGAACGCUCUUCACGUGGGCACCUAUCUGAUGACAGAACUGGCGAAACUCAGAGACAAGUAUGAGAUUAUCGGUGACGUCCGUGGAAAAGGCCUGCAGAUCGGUGUGGAAAUGGUCAAAGACAAGGUCAGCAGAGACCCGCUGUCUCCAGAGGCGAUGACCGAGAUCUUUGAGGACGUAAAGGACAUGGGAGUCCUGAUAGGAAAAGGAGGAUUAUAUGGACAGACCUUCCGCAUCCAACCCCCCAUGUGCAUCACAAAGGAGGAUGUGGAUUUCUUCCUGGCAGUUUUUAACAAGGCCAUCCACAGCUACAUGGAGAGAAAAUGAGGAGGUCAGUGGAGUGACUCGAUGCCAAGGACUAAACUGGAAACUCACUCAGCAAUGUGUUCGAUUUUUGUAAAUCUUUUAAAAAUGUUUUAUUAUUAUCAGAGGAAUUAAUGAAAAUCAUUCUGGAGCUGUUGUUGCUGUAUAAAUACCGACGUGCAGUA